ACUGCUGCAGCCGUGAUCGGAGGAGCCCUAGCCAUGGCAGCUGUGCCCAUGGUGCUAGGAGCCAUGGGCUUCACAGGGGCUGGAAUCACCGCCUCCUCCAUUGCGGCCAAGAUGAUGUCAGCGGCCGCCGUGGCCAAUGGGGGUGGAGUUGCUGCUGGCAGCCUGGUGGCCACUCUCCAGUCCGUGGGGGCAACUGGACUUUCCACAUCAUCCAACAUCCUCCUCGGUGGGUCAGCAAUUGGGGCAUGGCUGUGGGGUUCAAAAAAUAAGGCCCCUUCUCCACCAGGAUCCAGUACUGAACAAGAGAGUGGUUCCCAUGCUGAAGAUGACCCUGCAGGGCCUCAGGAUGUCAGUCCCCCAAGUGACAAGCCCUCUGCCUCCCAAAAUUCUUCAAAGAAUCAUAAGAAGUAA